GGACGAAUUGCAUCAUCAUCAUCAUCAUCACCAUCACCACUUACCACUUGCCAUCCAAUCCUAUUCUCCCCUUCUCUUCUCUUCUCUCCCACACACAGAUUCCCCAAUUUCCCAGAAAAACAAAAUAAUAAUAAUAACAACAUUAUUAAAUUAAUAAUAAUAAUAAAUAAAUAAAGAGAAAACCCCUCCUUUUCUCUUUCGUUUCUUUAACCAAGCAACCUUACCAAACCUCCACUCGCUGUUUGUUGUCUUCCAAAAUCAAAACAACCAGAAAUUCCCGAAUAUUCCGGGAACCUAGGGCACAAAAUGGUUUCCCGAGAAAACACCAAUUGGCUUUUCGAUUACGGUUUGAUCGAUGAUAUUCCAGUUCCCGAUCCCACCUUCGCCGUUCCCUCUUCAACCCUCCUCACCUGGCCUACGCACCCUUUCAAUAUUUCUUCCAAUGUCGGUGCUGAAAUUGAUGGCUCAUUAGGGGAUUCUGACAGUCUCAAAGAGUCUGGUUCCAAGAAGAGGGUUAGAUCUGAGUCCUGUGCUGCUACUAGCUCCAAGGCUUGUCGGGAGAAGUUGCGUAGAGAUAGACUUAAUGACAAGUUUAUUGAAUUGGGCUCCAUUUUGGAGCCUGGAAGGCCUGCCAAAACAGACAAGGCUGCUAUCCUGAUUGAUGCUGUCCGAAUGGUGACCCAGUUAAGGGGUGAGGCCCAAAAGUUGAAAGACUCUAAUACGGGUCUUCAAGAAAAGAUUAAAGAGUUAAAGGCUGAGAAGAAUGAACUUCGUGACGAGAAACAGAGGCUCAAGGCAGAGAAAGAGAAGUUGGAGCAGCAGCUGAAAUCUAUGAAUGCACAACCUAGUUUCUUGCCUACCCCCACUGCACUCCCUGCUGCGUUUGCUGCACAAGGCCAAGCCCAUGGCAACAAGUUGGUACCCUUUAUUAGUUAUCCAGGAGUUGCAAUGUGGCAAUUUAUGCCACCUGCUGCAGUGGACACCUCACAGGAUCACGUACUUCGUCCUCCAGUUGCCUAAGCUGGCACUGUACAAUUGUUUGGGCUUCCAUUUUGGCUCAAGAUUGUAUCCAAUCACCAAUACCUUCUUGGUUUCGUUAGUUUUCUAAGUAUUCUAACUGGAUUCAGUGGCUUUGUCUGUAUUUGGCAUAUGAAUACUAUAUAUUAUGAUUAAUGUUGGUAUUUUCGUGUAAAUGUUAAUAAGCUUCGUUCAGUUUUAAUGGUUGCUACAUUGUUAUGA